UUCAACUGAGAAAUACUUUUCUUCAACAUAUUUUCCAAUAUUUUGUAUAUACCUUGACAUUAGACAUAAAGAAUAUACACCGAAAAGAAAGGAAGAUGCAUAACAAUUCCAGAGUUUGUGUUAUGAUUUCUUUAUUGGCCGCUUUUAUUUUUUUUCUGUUAUCUUUUAAUAUCAGGAAAGUCUUGUCAAUCGUUAAAACAAGGCAGGACUAUGAUUUACAUUUGACCAUUGACUCUACUUCUAUUGUAAAGGGAAAAGGCAAAUACAUACUCAGAUAUCCGAAAGGAGAUAAGCAUGAUAUAAUAAGUUGGUCACAAUAUGGACAGGAUCAUUUUAUUGACAAGUUGUUUAAUGCAACAAAACAUGGAUUUUUUGUGGAAAUUGGAGGUUAUGAUGGAGAAUCGUUUUCUAAUACUUUGUUUUUUGAAAAAAUACGAGGUUGGGAAGGUUUGCUAAUCGAAGCCAGUCCAUUUAUGUAUGAUAUCAUGUUGAAAAAAGAAAGGGGUUGCUAUAUGGUGAAUGCUUGUAUAAGUAAAAGUCUGCCAUCAAUGACGUUUUUGUUAGCAGGUGCAAUAACUAGCGCCGAGGAAACACUAACAGAUAGACAUCGUAAACGUAUAGCCAGGGAGAAGAUUACAAAUCGUCGACUUGGACAUUGGGCGCACACUAAUGACACAGUAAAGGUGAAUUGUUUACCACUUCUGAAAAUAAUGAGAACUCUAGGACGAAAUCAUAUUAAUUACUUUUCUCUAGAUGUAGAAGGUGCAGAAUUGCACAUCUUAAAUUCAAUUGAAUGGGAAAAGAUCAACAUUGACGUUCUCACGAUCGAAACAGAUCAACAUCGUGAUCAAAUCCUCUCUUUUAUGAAACAAAAAGGAUAUGAAUGGAUACAACAGCUAAGAGGUGAUGACAUUUUCAAAAAAAAAUAUUAACAUUUUUUUUUUUUCAAGUAGGUAUCGUUUUGCAAUGUCAGUAGGAAUGUUCAUGCCAGCAUCCUCAUGAAAGAUAUUUAAAUAACAUUCAUGCACUGUUUGGAAAAGGUUGUUAUGUUGUUAUGCCUGUUACUUGAUCAACAUCAUAAGUUGUGUUCAGUAAUAUCGUUUAUUAUCCAUCAAUUCCGAUGUAGACUAUAAACUAAGGAAACAUAUAGAACAACAUAAAUUUAAAAGACGUCCUGAUAUCAACAUAAGGUCAUCAACAAAAUGUUUAACUCUGCAUAGUUUUACAGUUGUAAAUGGAUUCAACAAAAAUGGUCACUACCACCAACUGCAUCACUUGAUUAAAACUAAACACUUUUCAUACAUAACAGGAAAUAUUGGAUAUAUUUCUGAUUUCUUGAAAAUCCCGGGAACAUUUAGUAUGUAAAAUCGGUUAUACCUUAAGCUCUAUCAUUCAUUUUCAUUAAAUCUCGAAGAUACCGAUUGAAAUUAAAACAAAGCAACAACUCUACCUAUGCCAGUUGUUAAUAUUUUAAAGUUCUAUAAUCUUUUAAGCAUUUCGAAAUUUUCGGUCAUUUUAGCUGUUUCCAUGUAAUGAUGAGCACCAAAAUGGCAUGACAGAUGUCACAUUGACAUUUAACAUGUAAAAUUAAUACAUUUUCACUCGGUUUGCUGAACUGUAUUAUUAUGACGCUUAAAUGAUUUUCCCGCAUGGUUCAAUAUAAUACUUUUCCCUAGUUUCACUGGUAAUGGCGGCCAUUUUAGAAGAUCUCAAU